GCUUGAUACGUGCGUGUGUAAAGUCGCGAAGUGUUUCAGAAAGUAUUAAUGUAGUGACCAUGUUUAAAAUUAAAGGAUCCUUGUUUAGGCAAUAUGCCGUUGUUAUAACAGCAAACCUAUGCGUCCUCUGCACUGGGCUCAGUAUCGCCUGGCCGUCUCCAGUCCUCGUCAAGCUCAGCAGGAAUGACACCACCACCCUGCCGAGACCUGUUACCGAAUCUGAGGGCUCUUGGAUCGUCUCCGUAGGCUUCUUGACGGAAGGAUUAGCCAACUUCCUAGCAUGUUUCCUCGUCGACCGCAUAGGCCGCAAGUACUGCGUCAUCAUCAGCUACGUGCCUCGCAUCAUCAUGGGUGUCGCCUUGACAUUCGCUUCCAAACUCUGGGUCGUGUUGCUGGGGAGAGCCUUGAGUGGACUGUGUGAUGCCAUCACGUUCACUGUGGUUCCUAUGUAUGCUUCGGAGAUCGCUAGUAAAGAAGUGCGAGGUUCCCUAGGAACGUUCCUCCAAAUAUUCUCGUCCCUCGGGAUCCUGAUCAUGCUGUGCGCUGGACCCUUCUUAGAGUACUUCACCUUAAACGUCAUGAUGCUAACCUUUGCUGUCGUCACGUUGGUGCCAAUGUUUUUCUUGCCUGACAGCCCUUACUUCCUGUACUCUAAAGGUCGUACUGAUGAAGCUUUAAAGGUUCUCCUUUACCUUCGCGACACAGAAACUGCUGCCAAAGAGGAAUUGAAAGAGUACUCUCUAUCCGGAAAUGAAGAGAAAAUAACUGCACGCGAGUUACUAAGCGAUAGGAUAUUUUUAAAAUCAGCCUGCAUUGGUAUUGUUUUUGGGGCCGGUUUACAGUUAGUCGGGUUUAACGCAGUUUCUUUUUAUUUGCAAACUGUAUUGGAAUCUACGCAAACGAGUGUUAGACCCGAGAUAGCGUCUGGGGUGAUUGGGUCUAUUCAGUUAUUGGCAGCAUUCUCGGCGACAUUGGUGACUGAUCGGUUUGGGAGGAAGCCGAUUUUGGCUUCGACGCUGGUUGGACAAGCUGUGGGAAUGGUUGGACUUGGCGUAUUCUUUAAGCUGAAAGACGCUGGUCCAGUCACCGGAUUCCUCAACUAUGUGCCUCUCAUAUCGUUAAUCCUGGUGGUCUACUGCUUCAGUGCCGGUCUUGGCUCUCUAUCCUGGGGUCUUCUGGCGGAGCUCUUUGAAGGCCGGACCCGCGCCGUAGGCGUCACCAUCAGCUUGCUAAUUUCUGUAGUCUUCGUCUUCGUAACAGUCAAGUACUUCGCUCUCGUGACAACUAUGAUUGGCGCACCAACAACCUACGGCAUCUUUAGCGUUAAUUGUGUGCUAAUGUGUCUGUUUGUGUGUUUUUGUGUACCGGAGACAAAAGGGAAGACCAUUGCCGAGAUUCAGACGGCUUUGGGGGCAAAACCGAAAAUUGAUAGUGAGAAGCAGGUAGAAAAGUUUUAGAUUUGGAGUCGAAUUUCAACCAUAGAUAAAAUUAAGAUUGACAUAGACAAACUGAAAAUUUAUAAUUUACCUAAUAGAAAGCAACUAAUGCCAAGAUAAAUACGAGUAUCUAUAUAGAUACUAGAGUUAUUAGACCAAGAAAAGACUGCAGUGAUUUUGAUUAGGAAAUUCAACCCCUAAGGGGGUUAAAUUUCCAAAAACGUUGCAAUUACUUUUUUUUGUAAUCGGCUAUUAUGUCUUCCUAAGAAGUUUCAAAACCAUUUGUAUUGGAAUCAAACUUUCAACCCCUUUUUAACCUUGUUAGGGGAUGAAUUUUACAAAACGUUGAAAUUACUUUUCCUGUCUUCUAAUAAUAUCCCUAAAUACAAAGAUUCAAGUCCCACACUCGAAAAAAUGUUUGAUAUCCAUACAAAUUUUCAACCCCUUUUUCACCAUCUUUGGGGAUGAAUUUUCAAAAACGCUAAAAUUAGUUUUCUUGUAUUUUAAUGAUAUAUCUUUUAACGAAGUUUCAAAUUCCUAGCUCAAAAGAAAACUUAAACCACAUACAAACUUUCAUCCCCUUUUUAACCCUGUUAGGGGAUGAAUUUUACAAAACACUGAAAUUACUUUUAUUGUCUUCUAAUAAUAUCCCCAAAUACAAAGAUUCAGGACCCGCGCUCGAAAAAUAUUUUGAUAUCCAUACAAACUUUCAACCCCUUUUUCACCACCUUGAGGGAUGAAUUUUCCAAAACGCUGAAAUAAGUUUUCUUGUAUUUGAAUUUGAUACUGUUUUACAAAGUUUCAAGUUCCUAGCUUAAAAUAAAAUUUGCACCCGAAGACGAACUUUCAUCCCCUCUUUAACCCCCUUAGGGGUUGGAUUUCCAAAAACGUUGCAAUCACUUUUUUUGUAAUCGGCUAUUAUGCCUUUCUAAGAAGUUUCAAAGCAUUUGUAAUGGAUUAAAAUUUUCAACCCCUUUUUAACCCUGUUAGGGGAUGAAUUUUACAAAACGCUGAAAUUACUUUUCCUGUCUUCUAAUAAUAUUCCUACAUACAAAGAUUCAAGUCCACCACUCGAAAAAAAUUUUGAUAUCCAUACAAACUUUCAACCCCUUUUUCACCACCUUAGGGGAUGAAUUUUCAAAAACGCUGAAAUUAGUUUUCUUAUAUUUUAAUAAUAUAUCUUUUUACGAAGAUUCAAAUUCCUAGGUCAAAAGAAAACUUUAACCCCAUACAAACUUUCAUCCCCUUUUUAAUCCCCUUAGGGUACGAAUUUUGAAAAAUCCUUUCUUAGUGGACCCCUAGACCUUAUAAGGAAUCUAGUUGCCAAAUUUGGACUUUCUAGUCCCAGCGGUUUGGGCUGUGCGUUGAUUUAAGUCAGUCAGUCAGUCAGUCAGUCAGUCAGGUCUUUCACGUUUAUAAUAUAUAGAUAAUAUUUAUUGGGCUAGCGUGGGGACUAUAGCCCAAACCCUCUCGUGCUUGAGAGGAGGCCUGUGCCCAGCAGUGGGACGUAUAUAGGCUAAAUUAUUAUUAUUAUUGUUUGUAUGUCUUUCCAUAUCUCGGGACCAUGGGGUCCCGGACCUUUGGGAGGCAUGCGUGGGGCCGAAGCCAACAGCACAGAGGCCCUUUAAGACAAGUUUGAUGUUAUGUAAUACACCAGCUAGAACCCAUCCACGGGUACAAAUAGAUACCCGUAAAUCGGUCCCAGCUGGCAUAGGAGCUAUUGUAAAUACAGUGGAGAAGAGUGCCGGUUAUGGUGUUGAAGUUUGGCUGGUCAAAAGAUUGGGCUAUUGCAGAGAGGUCCGGACACCUGCCAUAACAAUGCUUCUACACGUUAUCGAGGCAGGCGGUGACUUGCCACUAACUAGGUGGGCCCCUGAAACUGUCGUCGUAAAGACGACCAGGAGCAACACUGGUGUAGGCGGCUCAGGGGUGUCGAGAGGUGUGCGCCGCUUUCUACCCAGUGGCUGUUACCAGCCACUGUGCCAACUCGCGUCUUAUGCAUCUUUCACUU